AUGUCAAAGUUUGCGACUGGGGUAACGGUUAUCACCACGCUCGACCCGUCGGGCACUCCCCACUCGAUGACGGCCAACGCGUUCACUUCGGUUUGCCUGGAUCCGCCGACUCUUCUCGUAUGUGUGGCCCAUAACACCAUCACCUACGGGUACGUAGAAGCGCAACAACGCAUCGGCGUCAACGUGUUGCGCGAGGAGCAGGAAGAGCUUGGCCGGUACUUCGCCCGCCGCCCUGAGCAGCGGGAAGGUAACCCGGACUAUUCGUACACCAUGGGAACCCACAACGUGCCCGAGCUCGACGGUUCCAUGGUCUUCUUCAAUUGCGACAUCGUCGGCUCACACGUUUACGGCGACCACACCAUCUACGUGGGCGAAGUGCAGGAGAUGAAAAGCGGCGAUGGCGACGCCAACCCAUUGAUGUUCUACGACAGUCACUGGUACCAUCCCGCCCACGAAUAA